AUGGUUUUUAUUAAGCUCAAUAAGUUUAUGCCUUCGCAUACUUAUUAUGUUUGUAUUCAAGUUGACGAUACAGAUCCAAAGAAGAUAAGUGAUGUGCAGCUAGAUUCGAGAGAUAAAUUGUCAGCACUUCGAAAAUUGCUCGAACAUGAUGCUAAAAUAAAGAUGUCAAAUUGUAUGUUAUUUACGAAAGGCGCAAAGGUGAUCGACAUAAGAGAAGAGGAUUUAAUGGGUUUUAUUGAAAUUAUGGAUUGUAAACAUAAUACAAUACAUAUAAGAGACUUCGAUGAAAAAUUCAAACUAGGAUUCGGACGUACAGUUACUUAUAAUGGCAUAGAAAUAGCAACUGCGAGAGCAUUUAAUAUCACAGACUGUAAAUUUGAAUCUAUAGAACCAUGCUUUAUAGACAAAGAUGGAUUCCCCAUUUCUUCUAUUGUAGAUGUGUUUCGAGUAAACAAUCUAAUGAUCAAAACUAAAAAAAAUUUGGACAAAGCAAAAUGUGACAUGAGGACUCCAAAGACGCAUCGCAGUCGCAUAGAAAUUCAUGAUUCAAUUAAUUAUGAAAAACAUAUAAGAGCAACUUGGAAGCUAGAACCACAGGGUAUUUUAUUUACAGAUGAGUUUGAAGGUGAAGUUAAGGAGGCUAUCGAAUCUAAAGAUGUCAAAAAUUUGAUAAAUGUUACAAAAAAAUUUGGGCAAUUCAUCCCUUGCAGCAUUGAAUUUGGUGGUAGAUUGUGCAUAGUUGAAAAAUCACG